CAAACAAAAGUUGGGAAUUAGAUUUAUAGGAAAAGUCUUGGCAGGUGGAAGGAUAAGUCCUCUCUCUCUCUCUCUUCUCUCUUCUCUCUCUCUCUCAUACACACACACACAGUCGUCCCUAAUUCUGAUCACAUGGAGAAAUCUUGCCUGGAGAGGGAUCUCGAUGACUGGGAGUUCCUCCCUGAUGACAAGAGCUUGCUGGACUUCAGCCAUGGCAGUCAAAAUGAUUUGGUGCUCAAGGAGCUCACACUUGAUGCCAAUUACUUCAUCUGCCCAUCACAAUCUUUCUUGGAGCAGCAGCAGAACUCAGAGCCAACCAUGGAGAAUAACUCAGAUGAUGAUGCUGAAGCCAAAGGAUUCAAAGACAUCGGCGUCGUCACACCAGACGUGGAAUCGCAAGUCAGGGAAGAGGGAGAAGAGAAAGAUCAUGCAGGAUCCGAGAUCAAAGGCUUCGGGUUUCCUCCUCCGGGGAAUUGGAGAUCGACAGGUAUUGGAGCCUUCUGCGCCAUGGGAGCAUCAGCAGCAGCAGCUGCUGCUGCUACUAUCUGCAUCUUCAUCCUUGGCUGCCGACAGCAUCAGAAACCUAAGAUCCAGUUCAAGAUCUACACCCACGAUAAGAGAAUGAAGGAGGUUGUGCAACAGGCAGCAAGGCUAAACCAGGCACUGUCAGCCGCGAGGGGAGCUCCCAUGACGAGGGCACACAUCUCAUUUGGAGGAUACAUUGCAAGUGCUUGAUCGAUCACUCUUCUCGACAAUAAAUGCUAUAGAUUACAUGUGUUUGUGGAAAUGCAUGCCAUAAGAUCACGUUGUAAAGCUGCCUUGCAUGGCAAUAAUUCUACUUGCUCUUCAAAUUACAGCCGAAUACAGUGCUCGUUUCAGCUUCUUUC